AUGUCAACAUCAGAGAACACAACAACUGCUAUCGUUCAUGAAGAUAUAAAUGAAGAAUACGAGUGGGUUCAGUAUAACAAACAGUUACGUCUCAUUCGUUCGGUCAAAGAUGACAUGUACCAAAUGCAAAGUAUUUUGAAUGCUCUUCGUUCUACAAAGCAAGCAUACCAUUGGUUUGAAAACCAACAGACAAAAGAACUUUUAGAAGAAUUUCCUCAUAUGUUUGCGACCCUCGGAAAACCGAGGGUCGAGAUUCCGUACGAAAAUCGUCAAAAUUUGCCAAAUGGUUUGAGAGGUUGGUAUGUACAUAGACUUCUUGUAAAUGCUGUUGCAAUGUGGGCUUCACCUCGCUAUGCUUGUUAUAUUUUCAUGAUGUUAGAUGAAAUUCAUAGACAAGAACGUGAAGAGCUAGAGAACAAGCUUGAAGCAAAAGACAAAAACAUACAGAAAAGAAUACCACGUUCGGUACCAAAAGGAAAGGAAAAGAACUAUAAGUAUAUGAUUUACACUGAAGAGAUGGAAAAUGAAGAAGACAGAGAUAUGGUUAUGUUGCAUUUAGUCAGAAGAAACAACAAAAGCUUUUACGACUUAGCUAAGAUUUACAAAUCUGACAGAAAUUG